UAUAAAUAUAUUACUUAUUGGAGAGCACCGUGAACCCUAACUUUUUCCCUUGAACCGUCGUUCUUCUCAUUUCUCAGCCCCGAGCUUGACUUCGAAUUUGCAAUUCACCAUGGAUGAAGAGUAUGAUGUUAUAGUCCUAGGCACGGGUCUUAAGGAAUGCAUUCUCAGUGGUCUUCUCUCCGUCGAUGGUCUCAAGGUCCUUCAUAUGGACCGGAAUGACUAUUAUGGAGGAGAAUCCACAUCGCUUAAUCUUGUACAGCUUUGGAAGAGGUUCCGGGGAAAUGACAAGCCUCCGGCUCAUUUGGGAUCUAGUAGGGACUAUAACGUGGAUAUGAUCCCUAAGUUUAUGAUGGCUAAUGGAACUUUAGUGCGUGUUCUCAUACAUACUGAUGUCACAAAGUAUCUCUAUUUUAAAGCUGUGGACGGCAGCUUUGUCUAUAACAAAGGAAAGAUUCACAAGGUACCGGCAACUGACAUGGAGGCCUUAAAAUCUCCACUUAUGGGUAUAUUUGAAAAACGUCGCGCACGCAAAUUUUUCAUUUAUGUUCAAGAUUAUGAUGAGAACGAUCCUAAAACUCAUGAAGGGAUGGACUUGACACGAGUAACUACCAGAGAACUGAUAGCAAAAUAUGGCCUCGAUGAGAACACUGUGGACUUUAUUGGUCAUGCGUUGGCACUUCAUAGAGAUGAUCGCUACUUGAAUGAGCCAGCAUUAGACACUGUCAAGAGAAUGAAGCUAUAUGCAGAAUCUUUAGCUCGUUUUCAAGGAGGAUCACCUUACAUAUAUCCCUUGUACGGAUUGGGAGAGCUUCCCCAGGCAUUUGCACGGCUUAGUGCAGUUUAUGGCGGGACAUAUAUGUUGAACAAACCUGAGUGCAAGGUGGAAUUUAAUGAGGAGGGAAAGGUCAUUGGGGUCACAUCUGAAGGGGAGACUGCAAAGUGCAAAAGAGUUGUCUGUGAUCCAUCGUACUUGCCCAAUAAGGUGAGGAAGGUUGGCAGGGUUGCAAGAGCAAUUGCCAUUAUGAGCCACCCAAUACCCAACACCAAUGACUCUCAUUCAGUGCAAGUUAUUCUGCCACAGAAGCAGUUGGGCCGAAAGUCAGACAUGUACCUAUUUUGUUGCUCAUAUUCUCACAAUGUUGCCCCGAAGGGAAAAUUUAUUGCAUUUGUAUCAACAGAGGCAGAGACAGAUCGGCCUGAGAUUGAACUCAAGCCUGGAAUUGACCUUCUGGGGCCUGUUGAUGAGAUUUUUUUCGAUAUUUAUGACAGAUAUGAACCUGUCAAUGAACCUUCUCUGGACAACUGUUUUAUAUCAACAAGCUAUGAUGCAACUACGCACUUUGAGUCAACGGUUAUGGAUGUCCUCAGCAUGUACACAAUGAUAACCGGAAAGGUUCUUGACCUCAGUGUGGAUUUAAGUGCUGCUAGUGCUGCGGAAGAGUGAUGAGAAUUCGUUGCCUUGCUCAACCUUAUUUCGUUGCUGAUGGUUCCUGAAAAUGCACGCUUGUUGUGGUUUAUAAUAAAUUAUGAUACGAUAUUAAUAUUUACGGUUAUAACGCUAAAAUUUCUGUUGUACAAUAGAUUUGUGGCUGGGAAACUUUUUCCUCUCCGGUAGCAUCGGCUGUUGGGGCUCCUUUUAUUUUCUGUUCCAUUAUACGUUCGUGUA